AUGUAUUUCGCGGGAGAAGAGACGGACGGCGACCUUCCCGCAACUUCGAAACCCAUUUUGACUCGAAAAAGGCCACACGAUGAGACGGAUUUUCCCAGGGACGGUUGGAAUGAAGCUUCACGAAAGUCACUUGACCCGGACUUCACUCAAUAUGCUCAGCAUUCCCUUCCUGUCCCGAAAAGACCGAGGACGGAAACUCCCAAUAGCUCUCAUUUCGAACGACCACCGUCUCGAGAAUUACAAUUAUCAACAUAUGGGCUCAAUCCGGCUCGGCGUAAAUCCCCGUCUCUCCUUGGUCCAUCACUAAAGACCGACCCGACGUCGCUAAACGACUGGUCAUAUCUGGCUCCGGUUAGAAGACCUUAUUCCCAGCCAAUACAUUAUCCCGAUCUAAAUUCACCUCCUGCCUGGUUACUGAAUAAAGGUGACCUCGAUAAACUACUAAGUGGAACGCAGACUUCCAUCCCCACAAGUACUCCUGAUUUGACAGGCACCAGUUUGAUCUGGCUAAACCCACUGUUGGCGGAUGACAGACACACUUUACCGGGCGAAUUUCCCUAUGAAGUUCCAACUACCAGCGAGUCGGUCAUCCCAAUGUCAAUUCCGGGAAUGAUAUCGGGUCCAUCUGCCGAACCCAACGAUGUAUCAAAUCCAUUUCCUCCACCUCCAUGGGAGGUUGCAAUUUACAGGCUUCGUCCUGGGGUGUGUCAUCUUUUCGAGCCAAAACCCUAUCGCCCGGGAGAUUCAGUCGGUUCUAUCCACUCGAACGGACAUUUAACACGAAGGGCGAAUCCAACACUUGAAUCGUGGGGUGAUCGUCGUAGUCCGUCCCCACUCAAUUUAUCGAAUAGACUCGAAACGCCUCCUCCCGACGGAUAUACCUAUUUCGCCGACUUCUCACUCGAUAACGACCUAAGAAACACAUCUUUCAGACCAAGUUUCUGA